AUGGAGAACAUGUUUAGACUCAUGGGAAGUGAAGAUUUCUCCGACAGAAGACGGUGCAUUUGGGUUAACGGUCCAGUUAUCGUCGGAGCCGGGCCAUCGGGGCUAGCCACGGCGGCUUGCCUCCGCGAGCAAAGCGUUCCCUUUGUGGUGUUGGAGAGAGCAGAGUGCAUAGCUUCACUGUGGCAAAAACGAACUUACGACAGACUCAAACUCCACUUACCCAAAAAAGUUUGUCAAUUACCCAAAAUGCCCUUCCCGGAAAACUACCCGGAAUAUCCAACAAAACGACAGUUCAUCGAUUACCUUGAGUCCUACGCUACCCGAUUCGACAUCACCCCUCAAUUCAACGAGUGUGUUCAGUCCGCUCGGUACGACGAGACCAGUGGUCUCUGGCGCAUCAGGACGACAACUUUAUCUCCUUCCUCCGCCGUGGUCGGCUCAGAGAUGGAGUAUAUUUGCCGGUGGCUUGUGGUUGCAACAGGAGAAAACGCGGAGAGAGUUGUUCCGGAGAUCGAUGGGCUCACGACGGAGUUUGACGGCGAGGUGAUCCACUCGUGUGAGUAUAAAUCCGGCGAGAAAUACAGAGGAAAAAGUGUUCUUGUCGUCGGAUGUGGAAACUCCGGCAUGGAAGUUUCGCUUGAUCUCGCAAACCACAAUGCUAAUCCCUCCAUGGUUGUUCGUAGCUCGGUUCAUGUGUUACCGAGGGAGAUUCUAGGCAAAUCGAGUUUCGAAAUCACAAUGAUGCUAAUGAAGUGGCUACCUCUAUGGCUAGUAGACAAGCUUCUGUUGAUCCUCGCAUGGCUGAUUUUGGGAAACUUGUCAAAGUAUGGGCUAAAGAGGCCCAAGAUGGGCCCAAUGGAGCUCAAGGUCGUUACAGGGAAGACUCCAGUGCUUGACAUCGGAGCUAUGGAGAAAAUCAGAUCCGGCGAGGUAGAUAUCGUCCCCGGAAUCAAACGGUUCUCUCGUAGCCACGUGGAGCUCGUGGACGGUCAGAGACUAGAUCUCGACGCCGUGGUUCUCGCCACCGGUUACCGCAGCAACGUCCCUUCUUGGCUUCAGGAAAAUGAUUUGUUCUCGAAAAACGGGUUUCCGAAAUCGCCGUUUCCAAACGCGUGGAAAGGGAAAUCGGGACUCUACGCGGCUGGAUUCACGAGAAAAGGAUUGGCCGGAGCAUCAGCAGACGCCGUUAACAUCGCUCAAGACAUUGGAAACGUGUGGAGAGAAGAGACCAAACGACAGAAAAUGAGAACACGAGUGGGUCAUCGCAGAUGCAUUUCAGUUGCUUAG